AUUCUUUCGUCAUCUUUGAUAUAACCUGCAUUGUCCUACAAUUUCUGUCUUAAGUAUGGUAUUCUAUCCUUUCUGCUAGAGCUUCUGACAGCUCGACAGUCCUCCAUCGGGCCUUCACGGUGGACUAUCUCAGAAAGAAUGGCGGAACCAACUGAGAAGCGAGACCCUGGCGUUCAAACGGGAGAGGAGGACGAGAAAACGGUCUCACCAGUAUCGAACAGCAUCGCGGAGGCCAGUUUCGGUGUCAAUGAGAAGGCGCUGCUGCGCAAGUUGGACCUAAGACUUCUUCCUCCGCUGACGCUGCUGUAUCUGCUUUCAUUUCUGGAUCGCAGCAAUGUUGGCAAUGCGCGUAUCGAAGGCAUGGCGACGGAUCUCAAAAUAACGGGCGACCAAUACCUCAACGGCCUGACACUAUAUUUCGUCGGAUAUGUCCUUUUCGAAGUGCCAUGCAAUAUCGUCCUGAAGAAGACGACACCGCGACUCUGGUUACCGACACUGACAUUGGUUUGGGGAAUUAUUUCGACUCUGCUGGGUGUGGUCCAGAACUACUCCGGAUACCUCAGCUCCCGCUUCUUCCUGGGUGUCGCAGAGAGUGGCUUGUUCCCCGGCGUCGUGUUUUAUCUGUCCAUGUGGUAUAAGCGGAAUGAGCAACACUAUCGCGUUGCUCUCUUCUUCUGUGCGGCCUCUUUGGCUGGAGCCUUUGGUGGAAUUCUAGCAUGGGGCAUUUCGCAUAUGCGAGGUGUGGGCGGAUACAACGGCUGGAGAUGGAUCUUCAUACUGGAAGGUCUGUUGACAGUAGUCGUCUCUGCGACUGCAUACUUUUGGAUCUACAAUUAUCCAGCAACGGCGGAGUUCCUGAGCAAGGAGGAGAGGGAGUUUAUUCAAUUUCGUCUGAAAAACGACAAUGAUGCUAUUCGGACCGAACCUUUCUCAUGGUCCGCCGUGGUGAAAGCUUUCAAAGACCCCAAAGUUUGGCUAUAUGGCCUGGCAUUCCACACAAUGUCUCUUCCACUGUACACGCUGUCUCUGUUCCUGCCUACGAUCAUCACCGAGCUCGGUUACUCUGCCGCAGAGGCUCAGCUACUUUCAGUGCCACCGUAUGCUGUUGCUUUCGUCCUCACGAUUGCGGUGGCCAUAUUAUCGGAGCGCAUACGGCGACGUGCCCCUUUUAUCAUUGGUUCCUCUGUCCUCGCGAUCAUCGGCUACAUCAUCCUUCUGGCCCAGGAUCGUGCCGGCGUAUCUUACCUGGGCACCAUCUUCGCGGCGGCUGGGAUCUACCCUGCCACAGCCAUUGUUCUGUCGUGGCCCGCGAACAAUGUAUCCGGUCAGACCAAACGAGCAAUCGCCAAUGCAAUGCAGAUUUCCAUUGGCAACUGUGGAGCUGUGCUCGGUACUCAAUUGUACCGCACGGAAACCAGCCCGCGAUUCUUCCUGGGUCACGGCUUCGCUCUCGGUUAUCUAGUUGCCAACACAGCCGUCGUCAGUAUCUUGUGGUUGGUUCUGCACAAGGAGAAUCAGAAAAAGGAAGCCGAGCGCGAGAGACGUGGUUUGGGCGUUUUACUGGGAGACAUUGGAGAUGCCGAGGGAGAGUUCCAGGGUGACGAGGAUCCCAGAUGGGUCUUUCAGACAUAAGAUCCCAGUUAUGGAUUAUCAUCUUAUUUAAGUAGUGUCAUGAAACUAAAGAUUUCAUAUAUAUCAGUGGAUAUAAGCGGAUAUAACCGGCUCUCUAUAGCCGAUAUAAUUUUUUCUGCUUAUAGAUAUUUAUAUUACAGCUUCAGUAACUGUUCUU